CACCAUUGAGCGAUUUUGCGUGUCAUAAGUUUCGUUUUAAAAUCACGAUUUCUCUUAAUAUUCUUGCGGAUAAUUUGAUAUAAAGAUAAAGGCUGUUAAGGUAAUUGCCUUCAGAUCGUUAAUCUGAAGGCGUUCAAACAUAGCAGCAAUGGCAGUUGCACAAAGCAGUCGCAGGCUGUGUUGCUUCUCAAGAUUAGGACACUUGCUCCCAAGGAGUCGAUCAUUACCACGUGCAUUGACUAGUCCUACAAGAACUAUUUUUGAUGAAUCCCGUAGUCGCAUCUUGGGCCGCUCAACAAUCCUUCUCCAGGAUGGGAUAGACAUUCACGAACUCCCACUGAUCAUUCGUCGUCUUGAUAAAUCUCUUGUGCCAGUAUCGAACAAUAUGUUGUCGCUUGACGAUGUCCAGAAAAUAUCCGAGCAAGAGGAGGUGUUCAAAACAAGACUCCAGAAUUGUUCGACAGUAAGGGAUGUGUUUCGGUUAUUAGAAAUACCGUCUGAUCAGGUGACGGCAUAUACUGCGGCUUUUGCUUUGAUUCGAGUUUGUCAGCUGCAGAUGCACCGCAAUGACUGGGAGCAAAUUGACUCCUUCAUAAAGACGGCUGUCAUGAAUGAGUUGUGUGAUACAGUGACGCGUGAUAUCGGUUAUCUUACAAACGAUACUGUGGUCGGUCUAGUUAACUGUUACAUGAGAACCGAGGUGUAUCCAAAAGGAUAUCAGGGAAAAGUUGACGAAGAAGUAGAACGGAGAAUAGGAGAUGGGAAAUUUUCUGUUUCGGAGUUGGUUUCCAUCGUGAAAUAUAUUUCAAGUAAUAAGAAAGGAAACCGAGAAGUCGUGGAUAACAUAUUUGUCCUCUUGGCUAGCAGGACGUCUGAGAUCGAUGAGCUGAAUGUAGUUGAUGUGUAUGGUGCCUUAGCUCUCAAUCCAAAAUCUCAGUCCUGUAAGUGUACUAUGAAAGCGAUUGAGAGUCGUCUGUUGAAAUCUUGGUGGAAGCUCGAUGCUCACGAUUGUGCUCAAGUCCUCACCGCGACAGUCCUUACAAACUAUAAGAGCUUGUCUCUCCUGAACACAAUGGGCAAGCUGAUGUUUUUAAACAUCCAUGACUUCAGUGAAAAAGACUUGAUGCACGCUGUCAUGGCGUACAUUCAUUUUGCUUUCACGGACAAACAUGUCGUCAAAUCUCUCGAGCGAUAUCUGUCUGCCAAGGCUGCAAAAGCUGAUCCAAACUUGGUCGCCCUCGUGAUGGAAUACUGCCGCAGUCAGCGAAUAUUAUCGAGAAGAAUCUGCGAUGCAACAGCCGUCAACAUUGACAAGAAAGGUGACACAUAUGACGUCGACCAUCUGUACUCUAUUCUACGCCCAUUCGGCCAACUGAACUAUCUUCCCAAAUCUGUUGGGCCAAUGUUUCUCAAAAUCGAGCAAUACAUAGAAGACCAAUUUGAUGACUUCGCACCGGAGAAACUCUUGGAACUGUUAGCUUCAUUUGCGUAUGUGGAGCGUUUCCCAAUAAAUUUCGUUCGGAAAGUUUUCACGCCUUAUAUGUUUGCCUUGGUGAACAACAUGAAGGCUAAGCAGGCACAACUGCGGGCGCAGCAUCACAUGUUGCUGUUGCAGGCUGCGAUAAAGCUAGAGUGGCGGGGAUGCCGUCUGCCGUACCUGUUCAUCAGUGAUGACCACGAGACUAUGUCGAGAAACUGGAUUGACAAGGUGCACUAUCGUUCGAUCAAAGACUUGAAGUCCCUCUUGAUUGAUAUUGUGGGAGAAGAGGACCGGGUUCAUGACAAGGUGCCUCUGGAGCGAUCACCCUUCAUCAUUGACCUUGUCAUCCACCCUUGUGAGAAGUUAAAGACGACUCGUCCCAUUGCUGUUGUGCUUACGUUGCCUGAGCAAACGUGUGUGAACUCGAGCAGCUUACUGGGGGAGUACGCCAUGAGGUUGCGGCAUGUCAAACUGCAUGGCUACACGAUUCUAGAGGUGCCUGUGGAAUUGUAUUUAUCAUCGAGCCAAGACAGGGAAGACUUCCUCAGGAACACAUUAAAACAGUUCAUGCAUACGUGAUCCAAAUUGUGAUCGAAGAGAGAUGAUUCUGGGAUGAUGUUGUGACUUUCGGGACAUGAAUGUGAUUCCGGGACAAUGUUGUGACUUUCAAGACAGAUAUGUGGUUCAGGGACAAUGUUGUCACUUUCAAGACAAGGCGAUGUGAUUCCCAGGACAAGGUUGUGACUUUCAAUAUAGUGAGAUGUGAUUCUGGGUCAAGGUUGUGACUUUCAAGACAAAGAGAUAUGAUUCCAGGACAGUGUUGUGGCUUCAGGGCAUAAAUAAGUUUUGGGGAAAGUAUUGUGACUUUCAACUAUUGAAGACUAGGAGAUGUGCGAUUUACUUUUCGAGAUGGGGAGAAAUGAUUCAGAAAUUAUGUUAAGAUUUCCAAGACCUGAUUAAGGGACAGUGUUGUGACGUUUACAUUGACAUGAACUGAUGCAGGGACAAUGUUGUGCCUUUUCAAAGCGAGGGGGGUGAGAGCUUCAUUGUCAUUUUAACCGGAGCAUAGUUCCAAGUAAAUGUACAGCACGUGUAGCUUUCUCUGCUAUCAGGAGUAUGGAUGUCCUGUACUGCACCACCUGGUGAUCAUGAGAGAUAAUAAACUGAUUUUUUUGCAGAA